GCAAGAUGGACGCGGGAUUCUUCCGCGGAACAAGUGCAGAACAGGAUAAUCGGUUCAGCAACAAACAGAAGAAGCUACUGAAGCAGCUGAAAUUCGCAGAAUGCCUAGAGAAAAAGGUGGACAUGAGCAAAGUAAAUUUGGAGGUUAUAAAGCCUUGGAUAACAAAACGAGUAACGGAAAUCCUUGGGUUUGAAGAUGAUGUUGUGAUUGAGUUUAUAUUCAACCAGCUGGAAGUGAAGAAUCCAGACUCCAAAAUGAUGCAAAUCAACCUGACUGGGUUUUUGAAUGGAAAAAAUGCUAGAGAAUUUAUGGGAGAACUGUGGCCCCUGCUCUUAAGUGCACAAGAAAACAUCGCUGGAAUCCCUUCUGCUUUCCUAGAACUGAAGAAAGAAGAAAUAAAACAGAAACAGAUUGAACAAGAAAAGUUGGCAUCUAUGAAAAAGCAAGAUGAAGACAAAGAUAAGAGGGAUAAGGAAGAAAAAGAAAGCAGCAGAGAAAAGAGGGAGCGGUCUCGAAGCCCAAGAAGAACCAAGAGCCGGAGUCCUUCCCCUGCUCCAGAGAAGAAGGAAAAAACUCCAGAGCUCCCAGAGCCAUCAGUGAAAGUAAAAGAACCUUCAGUACAAGAGGCCACUUCUACUAGUGACAUCCUGAAAGUUCCCAAGCCUGAACCAGUACCAGAGCCUAAAGAACCUUCUCCGGAGAAAAACUCCAAAAAGGAAAAGGAAAAGGAGAAGACCCGACCAAGAUCUCGGUCGCGUUCCAAGUCAAGAUCCCGGACACGUUCUCGCUCUCCUUCUCAUACUCGACCGAGAAGGCGCCAUAGAUCCCGAUCAAGAUCAUACUCACCUAGAAGGCGGCCAAGCCCAAGAAGACGGCCAUCUCCUCGAAGAAGAACUCCACCGAGAUGAAUGCCUCCUCCACCAAGGCACAGAAGGAGUAGAUCUCCAGUGAGACGAAGAAGGCGUUCAUCGGCAUCCUUGUCCGGGAGUAGCUCGUCCUCUUCUUCAUCUCGUUCCCGGUCACCGCCAAAGAAGCCUCCAAAGAGGACAUCCAGCCCCCCUCGAAAAACUCGUAGGUUAUCUCCUUCAGCAAGUCCUCCGAGGCGAAGGCACAGGCCAUCACCUCCAGCAACUCCACCACCAAAAACUCGUCAUUCCCCGACACCCCAGCAGUCAAACCGUACGAGGAAAAUUCGUGUUUCUGUCUCUCCAGGGAGAACUUCAGGUAAAGUGACAAAACAUAAAGGUACUGAGAAAAGAGAGUCCCCUUCACCAGCACCCAAGCCUAGAAAAGUAGAGUUAUCUGAAUCAGAAGAUAAAGGUGGCAAAAUGGCUGCAGCAGAUUCUGUGCAGCAGAGACGCCAAUACAGACGACAGAACCAGCAGUCUUCCUCUGAAGAUGAGCGACCCAAAAGGUCCCAUGUGAAGAAUGGUGAGGUAGGCAGGCGGCGGAGACAUUCCCCUUCCCGGAGUGCCUCUCCAUCACCUCGAAAGCGCCAGAAAGAGACUUCCCCUCGGAUGCAGAUGGGAAAGCGAUGGCAAUCGCCAGUGACUAAAAGUGGUAGACGGAGGAGAAGCCCCUCCCCACCGCCUGCCAGAAGGCGACGUUCUCCUUCUCCUGCUCCUCCGCCUCGUCGACGCAGGUCUCCCACACCACCACCACGACGCAGGACUCCUUCUCCUCCCCCACGUCGUCGCUCACCUUCCCCAAGAAGAUACUCUCCUCCAAUACAGAGGAGAUAUUCUCCUUCUCCACCUCCAAAGAGAAGAACGGCUUCACCCCCUCCCCCUCCUAAACGAAGGCCAUCACCGUCUCCACCACCAAAGCAUCGGGUCUCCCAUUCGCCACCUCCCAAACAAAGAAGCUCCCCAGUCACCAAGAGACGUUCGCCUUCGUUGUCAUCAAAGCAUAGGAAAGGGUCUUCCCCGAGCCGAUCUACCCGGGAGGCCCGGUCACCACAACCAAACAAACGGCAUUCGCCCUCACCACGGCCUCGAGCUCCUCAGACCUCCUCAAGUCCUCCAGCUGUUCGAAGAGGAGCAUCGUCAUCACCCCAAAGAAGGCUGUCCCCAUCUCCAAGUUCUAGGCCCAUUAGGAGAGUCUCCAGGACUCCGGAACCCAAAAAGAUAAAAAAAGCUGCCUCACCAAGCCCUCAGUCGGUAAGGAGGGUCUCAUCUUCCCGAUCUGUCUCGGGAUCUCCUGAGCCAGCAGCUAAAAAGCCCCCAGCACCUCCAUCCCCUGUCCAGUCUCAGUCACCCUCUACCAACUGGUCACCAGCGGUACCGGUUAAAAAGGCUAAAAGCCCAACACCAAGCCCAUCACCGGCAAGGAAUUCAGACCCAGAAGGAGGUGGAAAGAAAAAGAAGAAAAAGAAGGACAAGAAACACAAAAAGGAUAAGAAGCACAAGAAGCACAAAAAACACAAGAAGGAAAAGGCUGUAGCUGCAGCUGCUGCAGCUCCUGUGACCCCUGCAGCCAUUGCUGCUCCCACAACCGCGUCAGCACAGGAAGAACCAGAGGCAGAGCCAGAGCCUAAGAAGGAGACUGAAAGUGAGGCUGAAGAUAACCUUGAUGACUUAGAAAAGCACCUGCGUGAAAAGGCCCUGAGAUCAAUGCGGAAGGCUCAAGUGUCCCCACAGUCCUAGGUGGAAAUGUUUGUUAUGAUGUAAAUUUUAUUUGGUUUGUACGCAAUUCAGUUUCAAAAUUGCUAAAAAUGUGUUUGAGCUUUAGACUAUAACAUUUGUUGUAAUAAUUGCUAGGUUGAAGUUCACCAUGUAAAAAAAAAAAAAGGGCAUGGAUUUACAUUGCAAAAGGUGUCCACAGUGUAUUAGUGACAUUCUUUCAUUGACAGCUGACAUAAAUUCAUUUAGAGUGAAAUAUUUUAAGCCAAAAAAAAAAAAAUCCCCUUUUUAAAAAAGGGGGUUUAAAUAUUGUUGGCAUUCUUAUGGUUCCAUUAAAUGCCCCUGUCUAUUCCCAGAGGUUUUUCUUUCUACUUUUUCUUUCUUUUUUCCUUUUUCUCAUUUGAGUCUUAGCACCCAUCUAAGUUAUGAUGCUUCCAACCUUGUAUGGUUUUUGCAAGCUUUCCCAGAAAUAAGACCACUGUUGAACUACCACAAAAGUAUAAAUGAAUAUUUUAAUGCCACAAUCUUUCCUGUUGCCUGUGGAGUCUCUGCUGAAAUGAAUCAGGAUUCGAGCUCUAGGAUGAGACAGAAAAUGAAAGCAUGUUGUUUGCCAGGACACUGUGGGUUUAUAUUGAUGUGUAACAAGUUGAUUUGGAACACUGGAAUUUCACUCUGUUCUGUUUAUUUUUAUUUUUUGUAAAGGCAGUUAACUAGUCCCAGGAAGGAUCCUUCAGUUACAUAAAAUUUUGUUUU